UGAAGUUUUAAGAACACUUCUUGUUGAUACUGUUCCUGAACAUUAGAAUUUAGCUUAGAUAUUCAGAACAGGAAUUUUUUUUCUAGAUUUCUUUGCCCAUGGAAGUAGUGAUACUUUUUCACUAGUUUUCAGGUGACCAAUAAGGCCUGUGGGCCUCUUGUUUCGUUUUUAUUAAUUAAUUUCGUUUUUUGUUUGAUAAUUUUGUUUUUAUUUAGUUUUGUUUUUCUAUAUAUUAAUUUCUGUUUUUAUCUAAUAAUUUGGUUUUUUAAAUUUAGCUUUGAUUUGCACUAAUGGGCUUCCGUUGAUAUCAUAUGAAACGCAGACUUUCAAUUAAAUUGAAAGGGACCACGUACAUCAAGUGACAGAAUCAUGUAAAAUAAUACAAGAUUUUUCUUCUUUGUUUAAAUUUAAAACUCCAGUUUAUAGAUGUGUCAGAUUCGAUAGAUUUUCGCUAUCAUGAUCUUUCAAAGCUGAAAAGAUGAUGCCUGUUAAAAUACAAAGCGAUUUUAAAUUUCCUUUGACGAAAUAGUUUUUAUUCAUGGUCUGUAGUUUUUAGUCAUGGUCAAUAGCACAGAUCCUGGGUAUUUCCAAAACAGGAAGUAAAUCAAAGAUCUAUUGAGAGACACUCGCACAUAGCUACAUUUUUGUGGGAGUAUGAAUUUAUAUCUGGUCUUGGUGUCUCUGUUGCCAUGGGUUGCCCUUUCUCAGGAUGCACAGCUUUUGACCGGACUAAAAUUUUCUAAUGACCUUGAAAGGAUGGAUAGAAACGGAAUCGGUGCACCCAAUCUGCAGGCGUAUUACGAUAGCCUUGUAUACGACAAACCAACAGACACAGGGGCAGAAAUUGUAGAAAAGAUGACCAACAACCUCGAAAAAAUGUUUCAAACACUGACGAAUCAGCUAAAGAACGUGAAAAAGGCCAUAACACAGAAAUAUGACUCCUUCUCUGCUUUUGAGCAGGGUACUUUUCCACAAUGCUGCAAAAUAAACGGCACAUACAACCCAAAGUUCAGAACAGAGAUUUCAGAGAACGGUGCAUGCAUAUCGGUAUCAACUUCAUCAAAACACUUUCCCAACAAAGACAUUGAAAUGAUCAUGAAAAAGAACUAUCAACUGAAUCCCAACAUGUUGUGGCAAUACUUCGGUGGAAGUGAUGGAACGUUUCUUAUAUACCCAGCUCAACGUUUUAGCUCAAAUUGUUAUUCCUACGAUCCCAGAUUUAGGCAGUAUUACGUAGCCUCUGCGACAAAGAAACCCAAAGACGUGGUUGUGGCGGUUGACAUCUCGGGGGUCACGGCAGGGCGUACUAACUACGAAUCCAAGACACUUUUAAUGGUGGCACGUGAGGCCGUGCAAUACGUCAUUGAUACCCUGAAUCCAAACGAUCGUAUUGGAUUAGUAGCGUUUAAUGAACAAGCCAUAAAACCCACCUCCUGUCAUGGUAGCCAGCUAGUAAAGGCAACUACCACCAACAAAGACGCUCUAAAAGACUUCACCAAGGAUUGGACGUCCAUCAAGCAGUCCAACUAUGGAGAAGGAAUUCAAGCAGCUUUUUCAUAUUUCAAUCAACAAGAAAUAGAAAUAUACGGGGAUACCAGAGAAUCUCUCAUUUUGUUUUUGGCCGCCGGAGAUAACGCUGGCGGUGAUCCAGUAGAUAUAAUCAAGACUGAAAACGAGGCUCGUAAUAAUUCAGUGACCAUUCUGACAUAUUCUUUCGGUCAAGGGGUGAAUAGCCACUCGAGAGAGGUUCUACGAAAAAUGAGUAAACAAGUAAUGAACAACGCUUCAUUUGGAACAGUUAAGGAAGGAACUUACCGUCACGUUCAAAAUGACUCAUCACUUCGCUCUGAGAUGGCUUCCUAUUACCUAGGCCUUCCCAGCACCAACCUAGGAGACAAUCCUGUCUUCUCUGUUCCAUACGUAGAUAGGCGAUCCACGAAAACUGGCCUGGUAACCUCCCUUUGUCUUCCUGUGGACAAAUCUGGAACCUUGGUAGGAGUCACGUGUACAGACAUACUUCUAGACGAAUUAUUAUCUGACAUUACGAACUUUAAGCAAGGAGAACUUUCAUACGCAUUUAUGAUAGAUGGACAAGGCCGGGUUAUGGUGCACUAUUUACAACCCACUCCAAAUGCCAUCACAAGCGACCCAGACCCUAUAGAUAUCCAUGUAUUGGAACCAAGUCCCGAUGCUAAACCUAUGAUUGAUUCCAUGAAAAGGGGUGAGAGUGGAAACACCACGUUUAAGUAUUUAAAGACGAUAUCUAGAGGGAUUUUGGAAUACGAGGGAAUAGAGGCUAAGCAAGUAGAUGCAGACUAUAGCUGGAAAAAGGUACCUGGAACAAACUUUUCAUUAUGUGUUGUACUUGGAAAGAAUGACCAGCAGUCCCGCUUGCGUCCAAAUCAGCAAGGUCUAUCAAAGGACGGAGUCUUCUAUUAUCACAGGUUGGACUCCAACAGCCUGUUUAACGGUGAAACUAUACCGAAGUGUAGGGAAUAUCAAAGAUACUCAACAAAAGAAAGGUCAAUGGUAAUGUUGACACCCCAUGCGUUUGUGACACCAUACGAAUACCUCUAUCGACCAGAAACUCAGACGGAGGUGGGGUAUUACUCCAAUUACCUUAAUGAUAGGCACAGCACACAAGCAGAGGAGGCUCCGAAACUCAAAGAUACCGUGAAGAGCAGCAUUCAGGCUUCUUUCAAAGCGGAGGUAUUUUGGAAAAAAAACCAAAACCAGUCCCAGUUUGUGAUAUGGCGCUACAUGGGAACAAGAGAUGGUCACGUGAGAGUAUACCCGGCGGUAGAGAUUACAAAGGACUACGAUCAUUUCAUGAGGCCUUGGUGGAGAAGAACAGUGGCCCAGAAAGGCAAGAAUGUGGUAAUUACUCCGUACGUCGAUAACUGGGGAGCCGGGGUGGUAGUGACCCAGUGUAAAGCCAUCUACGAGGGCAGGAGCAAUGGUCAGCACUCUUCCAACGAUAUCGUGGACGUAGUCCAGUGUAUAGAUUAUCCAUACCCCUAUUUCAGCAGAAUGUUUCUGAGUAGGUACCCAGAAUGCACUAGUGACGAAUACAGUUGUAUGGUUAUAGACAUCAGCGGAUUCCUCGUUAUUUACCCGAGCUUCUCGUACGUUGGGGACAAUCCUGACAUCGAAUUAAAGCACUUAGGAAUAAAGGAAACAAAAAUAUUUGUUGAUCUCCUGAAGGAUAGAUUUAUCGAGAAAGAAAGUUGUUUGGACAUUGAAAGUAAAAAGCAGUUGUUUUCAUAUCGGGUACAUCUGAAGGAUACGUCUGACCCGAUCAACAGGUUGUCAUCAGUAGGCUACAAAAUUGCACCUGUUCUUCACAGCAAUGUUUAUAUCAUCAUUAAGAAGAAGGAGCUUUUACCUGGGACCUGUUGUCAGGGUUCAAAUAUAUCACCGCUUGAGUAUUCCUGUACCAGCAGCGGAUCAGAUUGUUGCCUCUGCCAUAAGGUCGUGCCUUAUGAUACUUGCCAGGAGAAAACAACAUCUGGGGAGUUAUACCACAUUUGUAGUGCUCGGUUGCCAGAUUCAAACACUAGACUUCAACCAGAGUUCGAAAAAAUCAAAAACCUGAAACCAUGCUUUGAUGUGGGCUGCAAUACCCGAGUUGAUGAAUCAAAUUGCUAUCAGGUGGCAGGGUGCAGCUGGUGUAUUCAGGACCAGAACGGAGGAGAGUAUCCUUCAUCGGAGAGAUGCUGCAAUAUUUUUGAGACAUGUCCAUUUGGAAAAGUUCAAAAGGGAAAACACACACAAUGUUCCAAACACGAACCUCUGGACAAUUCGGAAUCCGCCUCGGAAGGAUUAGCAGGAAUAAUAGGCGGUUCUGCAGGAGGAGUGGUUGUGUUGAUAAUCAUCGUCGUUAUUAUCAUUGUCUUCUUCUUUCGAAAGAGAAAUCUAAAGGCCGAAAAGAAAACCACCUACCUCACCGUGAUCAGCGAGAAUCCUGCAUUCAAAGCUGAAGGAGACCGAAUAUCUGGAAGUGACCAUUCCAUUGAGUAUCUUAGAGAAGAGGAAAGGUCGCACCAGUCUAACCAGUAUAUUGGUGUCCAUGGAUCAGACGAGGGACCUUUUCAUGAACCAGAUGAUGAACACUACCCAGGAAAACGAGUGUAAUUCGUGCAUGCGUGGGGAAUUAUAAAACAUUCUUAAAGCGUUGAUGUCAUUAUUAUUAGAAUACAAGUUAUCAUUAGAAAUUGGCAUGGAAAUGCUUUUCAUACUUGAAAUUGCAUUAAUAACAAUGAAAGUGAUAGGAUAAGGUUUUCCUACUAACAAAUUUAAUAUACUGUAUUUUAUACCACCAAACCAAUAAUAUAUGUGGAUAGUCCUGUAUUUUAUAGUCAGUAAGAGCUAUUUUCUCUGUGAAGGCUGCUAUCUAUUUUUGUUCAAAUCUUGAACCAAAAAUUUCUCCUUGCGUAUAUUAAUGUUAUUCCAGUAUCCCCAUCGAUGGAUCCCCACAUCUGAUCUCGUCAUGAGUAGACGAUCAGCUGUGGGAAUCUGGCAAUGAGAAUAUCUAAAGGGCAGCUAAAUAUCCGCACUUCGUAGAGUUCAGUUCAUACGCGUCAUAUAUCCAUUUUUUCUGAAACUAUUUUUUUUCACCUCGAUAUGAUAAAUCCUGAUUUCCGAACUAGGUUUAAAAUUGAUAUCGUAGUAAUUUUACUUUACUUCGUACAUCGGCCAGGUAACGAGAUUGUUAGAUCUCCUAACUAGUAGUAACGCAAGAAUCCCAGGUUCAAUCUCUGAUUGAUCCAAAGAUUUCCCUUCUUUGCUGCAAUAACUUAGUAAUGUCCAUAUAUGCAACUUCUGUAAUACUUGAGAGUUGAUUUUAGACAGUUGCUUGCCCAAACCAGGAAAUAUCAAAUCAUGCGCAAACUCUAAAAACAACUGAUAUUUUUGUAGAAAUAAGACAGGAUGCAAGUGAAUUGUAGCUGAAAUGGAACAGAAAGUUAUGUUCUGUAUGAAGUUUCCACAAACGUGUUAUAUAUAUAUAUAUAUAUAUAUAUAUAUAUAUAUAUAUAUUGUAUAUAACUUGGAAGAGUUGAUCUCUUCUGUCAGUGCAGGGAACCUACAUCAGGGAUAGUUUGGUUGAUUUCGAAUGAGCGAAAAAGCAUGUUCCUAAUUAUUUUUUAACCUCGCCUGAUUUGCAUACUGAUUAGUAAUGGUCAUCAACUACGGGAAGAUGAUUGAGUAUUCUGGUUAAUUGUUUCAACUCCCCAAAACAAAAAUCUCUGAAUGAUAAAUGUCAAAACCUGUAGGAAAGCUUCAAUAUAUAAUGAAGAUCAUGAAUCCUAUGGAAGUCACAAUAGACGUUUACAUAGGAAUUUAUAGGAAAAUACUAUGAAGAACCACAAGGACAUGAUUUAAUUAAUAUGCAUUCAUCUUUGUUCAGACGGAGUGUAAAUAUUCGGGGGUUUUCAACGCCAUGUGACCUCUAGGGUAAAGACGUGGGGUCGAAUGAUUUACAUAAAAUUGUAUACUAUUAAGAAAAUCUUCAUCUCAAGAGCCACAUGUGUACAAAAUGUCAUCGAUAUGCAAGCAUGCAUCUUCAUAUGUUUCUGUUCACACCUUUACCCAUCUACAAUUCUUAAAUGAUAUGUAAGUGUUCUAACAUGGAGAAGGUUCAGGUUUCUUGAAACCAAGAUCCAAGUGUGAGGGCUGGACUAUAGUUGAGGUUUUAAAUUUUACCAAGAAAUGAUAUUAUAUAACAAAAGUUAAAAAUCUUAAACAAUCUUCCCAAGAAUCACGUGUCUUCAAUUUUCCCCGUGUAGUGUAAAUUCUAGUUUGUUUGAACGGUGAUCAUCGAGGGUAGGGUGGAGUGACAAUAGAGUGUAACGUUUACAUUAUCACAAAAAUCUAGAUAGUUUGCUACCUCGCCAGUCUACAAUUCGUCGGAUUAAGUUACACUUGGUAUCACCGUGUAGAAGAGUAAACUUGUAAAUUCUCUCAAGAACCAUAAUGGUACAACCUGUAAAUAAAUAUGCAAGCAUCUUCAUGAAAUGUAGUUUCAAGUUUGUACACACACUGAUCAUGUAACCAGGGUGGUGCUACAAUACAAGUCUAUAGAGAAAAUAUGUGUAUGAGAAAGUGACUUUGGUAAGCGUUGUGGAUCAUGCACUUCUUGGGUAUCUUAUAAAUUGUUCAUCAAAGAAAUAUCUUGUAAUUUGGAACAAGUAAAUAUUAAUAUGUACAUGUAGUAAUGAAGCCAUUUGAGAUUUUAAUGUGAAUGCUACAUAUGCUCUAUUUUUAUGUGAUAUUUUGAUAAAAAUUUCAAUAUUAUUCUAUAAUAAAACAAAGAAACCAUG